CAACCAGAGAAGGCGGGAGCUCGACCCUCGUCACCCCGCCAUGGCCGCGGUCCCGCCGCCACCGGCGAACCCCACCACGGUUUCCGCGAAAACAGACCGAGCCGACCUCCUGGAAGCUGUCGAGCUCCUCCGCCGGUGCACCAGUCCGGAGGAAACGCGGCAGCUGCACGCGCGGCUCGUGAAGGCGGGGCUCUCCGACAACCGGUUCGCCCAGAACCGUCUCACCGCCUCCUGCGCUCUAUCCGACGCUCGGUACGCCCUCGAGGUCUUCGCCCGCUCUGCCUCCCCCAGCCGCUUCAUGCGCAACACUGUCGUUCGGGCCCUCGCCGAGUCCGAGUCUCCCGGCGACGCCGUUCGGUUCUACGGCGGUACGCACGCCCUCGGCCUCCCGGCGAACCGUUACACUUUUCCGGCGCUUCUCAAGGCAUGCGCCCGCCUCCUUGGAUUGGAGGAAGGCCGCCAGGCCCACUGCCACGUCGUCAAGUGGGGCCUGCAGCCUGACGUCCACGUGAGCAACACCCUCAUCCACCUUUAUGCUAGCUGUGGCCGGUUGACGCAAGCCCGCAAAGUGUUCGACGAAAUGCCUCUGAGAACUGUGGUCUCUUGGAAUGCCCUGAUCUCCGGCUAUGUCCAGAAUGGGAUGUCCUCGGAGGCGCUCUCGAUGUUCCGAGAAAUGCAGAUUGAGGGCACUGAGCCGAAUGAGGUGACCAUGAUCGGCGUCUUGACUGCUUGCUCGCAUGCAGGUGCACUUGAGCUGGGCAAGUGGGCACAUGCUUACAUUCGAAGGCGUGGGCUUGGAGUGAGAAUUGGUGUGGUAACUGCUCUGAUAGAUAUGUACUCCAAAUGUGGGUGCAUUGAGAGGGCUGUCGAGGUUUUUGAGGGGAUACCAGAUAAGAAUAUAGUAUGCUACACAGCCAUGAUCAAUGGCCUUGCUGUCAAUGGCCACGGCGAAAGCGCAGCGGCGCUGUUUGAUAGGAUGGUGAUGGUCGGCAUUAAGCCGGACGAGAUCUCAUUGAUUAGUGUUCUUUGUGCUUGUAGCCACAGUGGUCUGGUGGAAGCUGGGCGACGGUACUUCCGCGAUCUUCAGAGGAGAUACAAUGUGGCACCUCAGGUGGAGCACUAUGGUUGUAUGGUUGAUCUCUUGGGAAGGUCCGGCCACCUCGAAGAGGCAUAUGAAUUGGUAAAGAACAUGCCCUUUGAGCCGAAUGCGAUUAUAUGGCGGACAUUGCUUGGUGCAUGCAAAGUGCACAACAAUGUUAAACUGGGGGAGCUCGUGGUGAAGGAGAUCAUGAUGUUGGAGCCUCACCACCAUGGAGACUAUGUUCUUCUUUCCAAUAUAUAUGCAGCAGCAGGAAGAUGGGAGGACGUGUCUAAGAUCAGGAGGGUGAUGAAGGACAGGGGAAUUGUUAAGACGCCGGGAUGCAGUAUGAUCGAAGUUGGCAACAAAAUAUAUUCUUUCAUUGUGAAAGACAAAUCGCAUAGACACUCGGAGGAGAUGUACAAGAUGCUAGAUCAAAUGGCACAACGGUUAAGAUCAGCAGGUCAUGUACCCAAUACGUCACUGGUAUUGAUUGAUAUGGAUGAGGAAGAAAAGGAGAAUUCGUUGAACUAUCAUAGUGAGAAAGUGGCGCUUGCGUUUGGGCUCAUAAAGACCAGAGCUGGAACUCCGAUUCGGAUAGUGAAGAACCUGCGAGUUUGUGAUGACUGUCACUCUGCAAUGAAGCUUCUAUCUGUUAUUUAUGAACGAGAAAUUACAGUUCGGGACCGAAAUAGGUUCCACCAUUUCAGAGGAGGAGUUUGUUCUUGUGGAGACUAUUGGUGAGGUAGUCUAUGGAGGUUUUGUCUUAUCUCCUUGAGAAAUGGCGCAAGAUUUUUCAGUGAAUUUCUUCAUUGAUUCGCCAAACCUCUUACGUUGCCAAUGCUUAUUACUAUCGCAGCCAUUUGGAAAAGAUCACUUGCUGCACGGUCAAGUUUAAAAGCUUAUCCGUUAUUUGAUCA